AUGAGUUCUCGCAAGCGAAAAGAACUGGACCCCUUCAUGCGGACUCGGAUCUGUGAACUCCGGAACACAGCCCAAUGGUCCUAUGGCCGCAUCCACAAAGCAUACCCAGAUAUUCCCCUCUCAACAAUCAAAUCCACAUGUCAAUCACAAAAGAAGCGCGUCAAUAAUCAAUCGCGACCGAGAUCUGGACGGCCUCGGAAGGAUAAAUCUAGCGAAGGCUUACAGGAACACGAACAGGACCAGAUCCCCGAACAAAUACAGGAGGAUGAACGAAGCCAGCAGGCCCUAGAGGGCAAUGGUUCAGGAUUUCACCAGCAAGCUUCCACCGCUGAUUUGCGGGGCCAGCAAGAGGAGCAGGCUGUUGCGUUGUGA